UUUUCCAUUUAAUUUUCUCAAUAUUUCAGCUCAUCUCCAACUUCUUCUUCUUCUUCUUCUUCUUCGAUUUCUCUCCGUUUUCUCAAGGAUUUCUCCAAGAAAUCCAGCUGAAAUCGGACAAAGAUCUUAGAAAGUUGUCAACUUUGUAGCUCUAGAACUCGGAUUCCAUGCCGGGAAGCGACGACGCGGCGGCUGCGCCGUCGUUUAGCUCGAUUGAGAGCUUGUUCCGAGGUGCCACGCUGGAUUUCAGCCCCGGUCCGAUGACGCUGCUCUCGAGCUUCUUCGGCGAAGAUUCCGAGCUGGAUUGCCGCUCCUUCUCGCAGCUGCUCGCCGGCGCCGUCGAUAGCUCCUCUCUGGCGCAGCCGUCCAUGGAGGCUGGUUCGAGAUUGGAUCUUCGCCGACCACCGGAGUUUCCCUUAGGGCAUGAGGAAUCGCCGGUGUUCACCUUGCCUCAGGGGAUUAGCCCUACUUCUCUUCUGCUUGAUUCUCGAGGGUUUUUCUCCUCAUCUGGAACGUUCGGUAUGUUGGAUCAACAGGACUUGCAGUCUAAUACUGACAUCGGUGUUCCUCGAGCUGAAUAUCAAUCUCUAACGACUUCGCAAACUUCAAGCUCUGCUAUCAACAUGAUGCCAAUCCAACAGAACUUGUUUCCGGAUCAAAGAUCUCAGGUUGUUGUCGAUAAGCCUGCCGAUGAUGGCUAUAAUUGGCGAAAAUACGGGCAGAAACAAGUGAAGGGAAGUGAGUAUCCUCGGAGUUAUUAUAAGUGUACUCAUCAGAAUUGUCCUGUUAAGAAAAAAGUCGAACGAGCUAUGGAUGGUCAGAUAACUGAGAUAAUCUAUAAGGGUCAGCAUAAUCAUCCGAAGAUUGCAGCAUAUAAGCGUGUUAAGGAAGGUGGUGGUGUUAAUGAGUUGAAUGAGAAUUAUGAGAAUGAUAAUUCUGGUGUUUCAAUGUCAAAGAGAGAUCGGGAAUAUGGCAAUGGUACAUCUGAACAGUUAUCUGGUUCAAGUGACGAUGAAGAUGAAGUAGAUGAAACUGAGGGAAAGACUGAUGUAGGCACUGAUUGUGAGCCGAAUGCAAAACGAAUGAAUGUGGAUGGAAAGGUGAUUGAGUCGAAUUCUUCACACCGGACAGUAACAGAGCCGAGAAUUAUUGUGCAAACUACUAGUGAAGUUGAUCUUUUGGAUGAUGGUUAUAGAUGGCGCAAGUAUGGUCAGAAAGUAGUGAAAGGAAAUCCUCAUCCUAGGAGUUAUUAUAAGUGCACUAAUGCAGGAUGCAAUGUCAGGAAGCAUGUCGAAAGAGCUUCAUCGGAUGCCAAAGCUGUAAUAACAACUUAUGAAGGGAAACAUAAUCAUGAAGUACCUGCUGCUCGGAACAGCAGCCAUGUUACUAAUUCUGCAAACGGCAAUGUUCUGCAACCGAAAGCACAAAGGAUGACUUCUACCAAUCCGACGGCCUACUUCAGUAGACCGAAUUUCAAUGACAAUGAUCAACGGUCGGUUGCACUUCUGCAGAUGAAACAAGAGCAUGAAGUAGCUUAAUUUUGCAAAAAUUCUCAUUAGAAGUUGAUGAUGUUUAAUGUUUAUCGACAAAUGAAACAAGUUCUUCACAACCGGAUGUUGAAAAUUCUUGAAAUACUCUCAAAUACUUUGUGAUCGAGCUCGUUUAUUUACUUUAUACAAGACGUAACUGUAGGGUACAAAACCGAUGUAUUUUAUUCUGAAACUGGAUCAUCAAAUCACAUUUAUGAAUUGGAAGUUUACA